AUGGCAGCAUUUGUUGUGACAACGUGCGUUGGCCAAGAAAUCCCUUGGAAAGAACAUGGUCAAGUGGGCGAGCUGGCACACAUACCGGCGCCUCACGAUUUCCCACUGAAGAUCAUCGAGGUGAAUGGUGAACCAACCAGUGAACUAAGUGGCAGUGGUGAAGACGAAGAAUUUUCCGAGGCUGCCACCAGCGACUCUGGUGAGCUGUCGACCGUCGCGCCAGUGAUCGUGCCGGCGCGGAAACGGUGGGCAGAUAUCCGGGAUGAUGAUGAUGACAGUGAGGGAGAGGAACAAUGGUGA